AGAAUUCGAAGAAAACGGAGAAGAAGAAGAAGAAGAAGAUGGAGAUUCGAGUGAAGUGUAGAUGUGGAGAAGAAGAGUGUAGCGAAUGGGCGAUCGUAGAGCUUCAAGGAGUCGUCGAGACUCAAGCUUCCUUCCAAGGUUCUAUUCAGAAUCUCGAGAUCGGUCGUCUCUGCCACUCCGAUUCCUCACAGGGAACAUACACGUUCACGGUGGGUUACCAUGAACUCGUAGGCUCUAAAGUGACUCUAAAGAAGCCAUUACUGGUUUUGAAGAAGCUUCAAUUUGAUGAAGUUUCAGGGAAAGCAACGGAGCUUGAAGUUGUUGGGAUUAUACGAACAAAGAUCUUGUUUAAAACCAGACCUAAGCCUCUUAUUUCCGGAACAAAUUGAAACCUCUCUAUUGUUUCAUUAUCUCUGCUUGUUUCAAUAAUGUAGUCUCUGUUUGUACUAUUGAAUGA